GUUCAGUCUUAUUCCCUCUUCUGCCCCAGGGAGGCCCUUGGAGAAGAUAUGGAGCCAAAAGUGCCUGAGGAGGAAGAGCAGAGGAAGAGCCACAAGCACAUUGAGGAGUGCAGGCAGAGGCUGGCCAAGCUGCUCUUUGAUGGCACGCAGAUGGUGACAAAUAUCCGGGUGGCUGCUGACUUGAGGGAAAUGCAGAGGAGGGCAGAGGAGGCAGAGCUGAAGCUGCAGAGGGUGGAGAAGCUGGAGAAUGAAGCCAAGUCGAGCACAUACAAGUUUGAGGAGAUCACUUCCAAGUGGGCCUUGGCCACAGAGAUGAGGAUCCCGCAGGAGCUGUGGCAGCUGCUGAACCAACAGCAGCAGCAGUGUGCACUGCUUCUGGAGGAGAAGAACAAGCUCAUCUGUGAACUGCAGCAGGAGCUGAAAAACAAGGAUGAGCAAUACAUGCAGGCCAUUAAGAAGCAGUCAGAUGAUAUCCACCUGCUUUUGGAGAGAAUGGAGGAACAGAUCAGGCUCAUGCUGAAAACUUACCGUCACAAACUCCUACAGAUUGAGAAAACUUUUGAGCUUGAACGGCAACAGCUGCUGGAUAACAACAGGAAAAAGUGGGAGGAAGCCAUCCAGGCCUACAACGCACGGGAGCUGGAAUACCUGCGUGCCCGUAUGAGGAAGGUGGAAGAGUUUGAGAAACAACUGAAUCAGCUGCUGGUGCAGGAUGAGGAGGAGUAUCACAGCAUGAAGAUCCAGCUGGAGAACGAUGUGCAGAACCUGGAGAGGCAGCUCCAGCAGAUGAAAGCCGUCUAUCAGCUGACCCAGGAGAAGCUGGAGUACAACCUUCAGGUGCUUAAGAAGCGGGACGAGGAGAACACCAUCAUCAGAUAUCAGCAGAAGAGGAAGCUCAACCGGCUCCACAGCUUGCUCAAUAACCUGCAAACAAAACUGGCCAACCAAGAGAAGCAGUUCAGAGAGGAGAACCAGAGCCUGGCAGACGACUGCGAGCGCAUCACGUGGCAGUGCAAGGAGGUGCAGAGGAGGAUGAGGCACUUUGCUGUCACUGACGCUGAGAAGUUCACAGAGGUCUGGCUUAUGAACGAGGAGGAAGCCAAAGGCCUGAUGAGGAAAGCCCUCGAUGCAGAUCACCUCAUUCACACCCAGCAGCUGGGGCUGCCCUGGGAAGAGCCUCGUUACUGGUUCCUGAACAACGUCGGCCCCCUCGGGUGUUAUGAUGCCAAGAGGAUGGCGACCAAGCUGGCUGCGGCGGUCCUGACAGAGAGCAGCUCUGGGGAACAGGAGGAGGAAGGGAGAGAAAAGAAGAAGGAAGAACAAGGCAGUGGAGAAGGAAGAAAAGAAAACACAGCAAAGGUUGAGGAUAGAGUCACGCCUCUGCGAAAUAUCUCCAAGAAGACUGCUAAGAGGAUCCUGGAGCUUGUGAGCGACGAGUCGGGUUUCCUCAUCGAGAGCAAGCUGCUGAGGCCCCUGGACUCACUGGGGAGGCAGGAGCGUGUCCUCAUGAAGCUCGACUCCAUCUUUGGGGUGAGAUGUGGAUUGGCCCAUCGGGGGCUGCAGGGAAGGCUGGUGGUCACUGGAGAAAGCUCUCUGUCCCACAUCUGCCACCCCGGGGGGGUCCAGCUGGGCUGCUGGGGGGACUCUGGGGCAGCAAGGGGUGAGGAGCACUGCGAGAGGGUGUGA